CAAGCCCGUCGCCCGUCGUGGUGGGAAAGCAAGUCAAGUAGUCAGUGCCAGGCCCGGCUGGCGCAUGUCACAUUCCUUAUUUUGGUCCUCCCAAGGUCUAGGCGGCGAGCCAAAGUCAAAGUCCCUUGAAUCAUUCAUAAGUCGGGAAGCCCAAGCCUUCGACCAGCUUCAGUGACCAUCCAUCCGUUGGCUGACUGCGUACCUCAAUUAAAACGCUUUGACUGCCUCGACACCUAAGCCUCACCAGCCUGUUGUGAUAUAAAGUCGAAAUACACCGUGCCUCCACUCUUUCUUCUCCUUUGUCAUCCAGCUCACCCUUCCCGCCACCCAUCGUCUCCGACAUCGUUCCGCCGUCGACUCGCAGCCCGGCCUUCGGAUCAGCUUCACCUUAUCAAGCACGCCUCUCGCGUCAUCCAGAAAGGCAGUCAUACUCUCUCUUUCAGUGCCACUCGCAACCAUGCGUUUCAGCCGAUCAAGUAGCGUCUCCUCUCUAUCCUCGACCUCGUCACUUGACGAGCAAGAGACCGUUCAGAUCUUCGUCAAGAACGUCGCUGGAAACAUAAUACCGCUCACUCUACCGACGAACACCACCAUCUCGACGCUGCGAUCGCUUCUCGCCCUGCGCACAAACCUUCCACAGUCAGACCUGCGACUUGUCUUCGCGGGCAAGCACCUGGACUCCUCCGCAACGCUUGCCGACGCCCACAUCGGCUCAGAAUCGACGCUACAUCUUGCCCUGCCACUGCGAGGCGGCAUGGCGAAGAUGCCCAAGUGCGACUACAAGAAGGACGACCCCCAACACAAGUGCAAGGAGAAGAUACAGCCAAUCAUUGGCGAGUGCGGAUUCUGCAGCGGCAAGUUCUGCAGCAAGCACCGGUUGCUGGAAAGCCACAACUGCACCGGGCUGGAAGACUGCAAGAAGGAGAGCCACGAAAGGAAUGCCAACAAGCUCAACAGCGAACGAACCAUGGCGAUCAAGGGUGUUUAGACCAAACCUGUUCCUCACCCUUGCUUCACGUUUUGUCCAGUUCGACGAGAAACACCUCUCUUGUUUCUCUGUAUUUAAAGGGAAUGCUUUCUAUCGUGGGUGGGAUCAUUCGGUUGCCGCUUUAUCAGGCUUCUUUGCAAGCAUUGAAUUCGCGCCGGCGUACACGGAGCAUGGCGCUCAGGAUUGUCUAGCUUCUAAAGCUACGUAAAUGGAACCCAGUCAGAGAUCAAGAAUGCUAAGAUCUACAUUUCUUCUAUACAAAA